AAAAAGAUAAUUGUUUCUAGUCGCUUUAUCAUCGGUUGAGUUAGAGUGAAAGAUUGAAAAUAGUUAAGUAAACAAAGAGAAAUUGUCUUAUGCAGAUAGUACCUUUUCUAAUGUUUGUCUUCUAGUCUAGUUUAGUGUUAUUGUUCAGAUAUUGCGAUUUGUCGAGAAAAUAUUUUAUGAGCCAUCGUGCAAGUUUAAUAUAGCACUGAUGUACAAACGCACAGCUUCCAUAGUAGCCGAAGAGGACAACUAUCUUGAUGAUCUUGUGCAUGAUAAACAGAGCAACCGACCUUCCACUAGUAAACAUACUCUAGACUCUGACGAAGAGGAUAGUGGUGACGAUGAUACUCAGUACAAUGUUCUUACUGAGAACGAUAUCGAAGGUGAGGAAGAUGGAAUCGCCCGUGUUGAUGGAGAAACCAAAAUUACCCCUUUCAAUAUGAAAGAGGAAAUGGAAGAAGGUCAUUUUGAUGCAGAUGGUCAUUAUUUGUGGAAAAAAGGUGGAGAAAUCCGCGAUAAUUGGUUGGAUAACAUAGAUUGGGUCAAAAUAAAGAAUGAUCCCAACUAUAAAGACAAAAAAGUUAGUCUAGUAAAAGGGUUGGCAGAAUCUGACUCAGAAGACGAUAGCGAUGAUAAAAUCAAGCCUUUUGAUGCAUCUUCAACGUACCGAAGUAUACUAGAUAUGAUGGAACCCAAGGAAACCAUCAAGAAAGCUCUUCAAAGGAUCGGUAAAAAAACGGUGAAAUUAACUACUGCUCAACGUUGGAAAAUGAAAAAGUUAGGUACUUUGGAUGAGUCUAGUGAAAAAAUUACCAAAUUGACGGAAUUAGCCAAUGAAAUUCUGACACAAGAAGGUAAUAUGGAUAUUUACGACGAAACCUAUGAGAUGAUUCAGAAAAAAGUAAAAGAUUCCAAAGGACAGCCUGACGAAGAAUUAGACAUGUAUGCAGAUGAUUUUGAUAACAAGGAGAAAGUCAAAUUGAAAGAACAUAAUUCGACGGAUGGUUCAACUCGUUCCAAUGAGGAACCUUCCUCUUCCAAAACCCGAAUUGAUGAAAUCACUCAGGGGCAAAUGUGGGAAUAUAAGGAACAGCAAAAUGCUGAUAAGAUACUCGGACCUUUUACAACGGAACAAAUGCAACAAUAUGCUGAGGAAGGACGAUUCAGCAGUGGAGCAUUCGCUAGAAAACUGGGCUCAGAAGAUUCUCGGUUUUACUCUGCUGCUAGAAUUGAUUUUGAGUUAUAUUUGUAAUUACGAUAAAUAAAACGAAUGUAGAUGAAUCUAACUAGAAA